UCGGUAUUGUGGAAGGAAUAUUGUACUCAAAGGAGGUCAAGGUAUAAGAUCACACGAGGUGCGGGGGAGCUGUAGUAGAAACUUGAAAUACCGGAUGACUGCGCGCUAUCGCAUCUCAUUAUCCGUUUUUCCUGCUGCGAAUGGCGGCUGUAGGCCGUGGUAUUCUUCCCUUACUUUUCCGAAACGGCGAAUAUCUACUGAUGUUUUUGAUCAUCCGCCAUUUUCACAUCGACAGCAGCAUACCUACAAUACACUUCCUUUACAUGAUUCGAGCCGCUUUGGUGGGCGAACGGCGUAUUUUAGGGAAAUUGGCCCAUUCAACCAUAAGAGAAGGGGUCGUCUCUUUAAGCGAGACCAUCGAACACUGCAAUAUAAUGUCGAUAUCUGGUGUGCUCAGAGUACCUUGAGGAAAAAGUGGAAAGGCAGGGAUUGGGAAGUAGUCGAGUUACCUUUCAAUUUAGCACCAGCUGAACAACAGCGUGUCAUUCCCGAGCUGUACACCGAUGUUCCGCAAAUGACGCAUCCUGCUGUGGGUGAUUACAGCAACAUUCGCAGUAAAGUUUACGACCGUGAGGAACUGCAGGGAGCUUUAUUUGGUGGGAAAACCUACCCAUAUCCAAGAAUGCUGAAGGUGAAGAAUGACAGUGAUGAAGCGAGUUUAUCACUGGAUCGAUUUCUCUGAAUUAUGAAUUGGAACGAAUAUAUUUAGAUAUACUCGAGUAAACUGCUUCUGUUUUUUUUUUUGUAUGGAAUGACACUAAAAGUUUUAGUAUUUUUCAGACCAUCAAUCUCGUCGUAUGUGUAAUAUUAUAUAUAUGUUAUACAUCAAUGCUAAAGGGUUUAGUCAAGUUGAAGGUCAGACAAAACU